AUGCAACUUAUUAAAAAUGAAACAAUUUUUGAUGCAGCAAUUAAAUUAUUCCAACAAAAGUGGAAAGCAAAAGAAUGUCCGCUAAUUAAUAAUUUUAUUGAUUAUUUUAUAAAUGAAUGGUAUAUGUCAAAUAAAGGAUGGUUCGAAGGCUUUGCUAUUGGUUAUCCAAGUUCUAAUAAUGCAUUAGAAGCAACAAACGGUACAAUAAAAUCUUUAUAUACAUUUCGAGAACGCUUACCUGUUGGUGAAUUUUUAUCAGUUCUCGAAAACGAUAUUAUUCAUCAAUUAUCAAGAGAACGCAAUACUGAUGAUCCAAUUACAUCACAAAAUGUAAAAGCUUUCGCAAAUGUUCCAUCUAUAAAUUUAUCACUUUGGACAUCAACUAAUCACUGGAUAAAAGAAGAACGAGAAGUUAUAAUCAUGAAAAAUAAUGAUGAAAAAAAAUGCAUUUUAUUAAAUCAUCUUCAUUUCAAGACAAUCAUGAAUAUUUUAAUAAAGAAUUCAUGA